AUGGGCUCGAAUGUUUCUCGUCACUCGGGAAAAGGUUUAUCGGGACGUAGAGCCCAAUCAAGUGGUAGUCUGUAUAGAAUGUUAGCACCAAGAGUAGGAAGAGUUUUCAAUCCUUGCGGAGAAAGCGUUAAACAUAAAGAUAGAAAUAAAUUUUGCGGUUCAUUGCCAAAUCAUCUGGAUGAAAAACGAUUUUCCAGCGAAAGUAGUAGUUCGGAGAGCCUAUAUCGAAUAAACGUUAAUUAUGGCAACAUAUACGAAUUUGCCAAAGUGCCAAAUUCUGGUUUUCCACCUCCUCCUCCUCCUCCUCCUCCUGUUCAACAAGAUUUAAUAGGGGGAGAUCAAGGAUACGGUUCAGAAUGGUCUCCGGAUGAAGAUUUAUCUGCACAUGCCAAUUCUGCCAAUUCUUCUUCUUCUUCUCGAGAUAAAGUUAUUACGAAUAAUCAUGAAAUACCUUUUAUUACCAAAGAAAAUACAUUUGAAACUGAAAUAAUAAAAGGAUCCAGAGGGUUGGGACUUAGCGUAACCGGUGGUGUUGGCACAACUGAUUAUCAUCCCGGUCUCAUUAGAAUCAAACGUAUUUUUCCUCAUCAACCGGCAUCAGAAUGUGGGGUUUUAGAAUUGGGAGACGUAAUUUUAGAAGCUAAUGGGGCUCCUUUAACCGGUCUUACCAAUCAUGAAGCUUUAGAAGUUCUCAGAACGACUUCAAACAAUGUGAUACUUAAAAUUUGCCGUCCUCCACGUAACACUUUCAAUUUUCCAGAAAGAGUUACUUGUGAUCCUCCACCCAUUCCAAAAAGAGAUUCCAAUAGAAAUAUUUGUAAUUCUAGUCAAAGCAGUAACUUUUCCAAACAGUUACCAUCGCCCGAAGAGGAUUUCGGAGAAUUUAAUGUGACUCUUCAGAAAGUCAACGGAAGUUUGGGAUUCACGUUAAAGAAAGAAGACGAAAGUAUUUUGGGACAUUAUGUUAGAGCAUUGGUUCGAGAACCAGCCAUUUCCGAUGGAAGAAUUCGUCCCGGUGAUAAAAUAGUAUCGGUAAACGGAAAUGACAUUUCAUCAAUGAGUCACGAAGAAGCCGUUGCUUUUCUUCGACAAUGUGAAAACGAAGUUCAACUUCAACUUUACAGAGAUCCAGCUCAGACUCCGAUAACCGCUUUAUCUCCGACAGAAUCUCACAGAUCAUUCCGUCCAAAACCCGUCCUUAGACAAGAAGCCGUUGAUAUGUUGUGCACCCUCGCAGUGAAAAAACUAAGUCCCGGAGAUUCUGAUAUUUUAAAUAGUAAAAGUCGGUUUUUGAGCAGUUCUCCAUCACCUAGAAGGAAAAAAUUAACAAAAAUGUCUCGCGAAUCGGAAUUGAUUAAUUUAAAUUUAGAAAAAAUCGAUCAGAUUAUUCAGGCAGGCGGUGGUGGUGGUGAUGAUGAUGAUGAUAUACUAAUUACAACGGAAACGUCAUCGAAUCCAAAUGUAAAAUUAUCACUUGGAGAAUGUGAGGAACCUGUCAGUUUACCACCGAUUUCCACAACGGAAACAGAAUUCAAUCUUCACGGAAAUCCGAUUUAUCAAUCUGUUCAUAACGUCGUACAAUCGGAUGGAGAAAGGAAAAGGGAAAAAUCAAACAAUAUCGAAAAAGAAAUGAAAGACAAAGGUUUAUGUCAAAGAAAAGGAAGUCAAAGUUUAUUGAAGUGGAAAGGUAUAGUUUUCCCUUCGACCGGAAAUAUAUCGGAUCAAGAAAAAGAUUCAAAAAAUAAAGACGAAGAGAUAUUAACAGUUGAAUUAUACAGAGGUUGGAACAGCAGGUUGGGUUUCACAUUAAAAAAUUUCGAUUCUAAAACAUUUAUCGGUGAAAUUUAUCCGGAUAGCGUUGCAGCCAAAGAUGGCCGACUUCGGUCGGGAAUGACGACGCCGGAAGUUAUAGAUCUUUUACGUGGAAUACGUGGAACAAUUGCAAUAACAAUAAAUCGGAAUAAAAAUUUUGACGUCAAUCUAUAA